AUGAAGGUUUCGGUGGCUGUUAGUCACGAAGGAAUUCGUAACCGAUACUUUCUCCAGAACCAGCAACCACCAAAAAAUUACAUGACGAAUGAGUUUCUCGUCAUGAAGGCUUCUGUGGCUGUUACGAAGGAAUUCGUAACUGAUUCUUUCUCCAGAACCAGCAGACCUUCACCAAAGAAUUACAUGACGAAUGAGUUUGAUUACGAACCUCGACAUGAAGGUUUCGGUGGCUUUUCUCGUCAUGAAGGCUUCUGUGGCUGUUACGAAGGAAUUCGUAACUGA